AAGUCAAGGCGUAGAUAAGUAAAAACCCUAGAAACCACACUGAUACGCACACACUGUGUCUUUUGCAGCGCCACUCUUUCUUCUUCUUCCUUCGCGUCGAUCUGCGAGAGGGGCUUCCCAGCCCUCUCUCAUGCAAUUCAGGUGAUUAUUCUUCAGAUGGAAGCAUUGCUUGCUUGACUGAUUCCUUUGUCCCAAAGGAGUUGGAAUUUUGUGGUUUUGUCCGGGCUUGGAGAUUUGGAGGGUGUCCCUGCACCGCCUGUAUUUUUUCAUCACAAUGAUUGCCACAGAAACUAUAGUACCGAGUACAAAAUUGAAGAUCAAGUUCUCAACUAAAAGGAUAGAGGUUGAUUCUGGGGCAAAAUGUGAGUAUGGGCAGGAAGUGUCUCACAUUGAUGAUAACAGGUGCUUCAAUUCAAAUGGAAAGUCCUCUGUGUCGAAUUCCAACAAGAGGAGACCACCACCAAGUAUUGAUGGCCAAAAGGUGAAAAGGCAGAGGAUUGAUCGAAAAGGGUCAAUGCAGUGUGUUACAUUAGUGAAGAGUUUAAUAUCUCAUUCGUACGGUUGGGUGUUUAGUAAACCUGUUGAUCCUGUAGCGUUGAAUAUUCCAGAUUAUUUUACAAUCAUAUCACAUCCAAUGGAUUUGGGCACAAUUAAAUCUAAGCUGGAGAAAAAUCUUUAUUCUGACAUUGAGGAGGUUGCAGCUGAUGUGAGACUGACCUUCUCAAAUGCCAUGACAUAUAAUCCUCCUGGCAAUGAUGUUUAUUUGAUGGCGAAUGAACUCAGAAAAAUAUUUGACAGAAAAUGGAAAGACUUUGGUAAGAAAUGGAAGUGUGAAGAUGAAGACGGUAAAAGUUUGACUGGAACAACUAAGGAAACUGGGAGACAAAGUCUAGAUGGGGUGCAUCUCCAGCAUAAAGAAUUGUUGCCCAGAAAGACACAAGUAUCUGAACACAAAGGGAUUCAUAAGAUUAGGUCAUUGGGUGCGAAAGAUGCUAGAGUGGAGGCAGCAAAAUUGUCACAGAUUCCUUGCAAGUUGAUUGAGAAAGACUUGUGCAAAGGCAGCAAAGGUAACCAUGAUGGGGAACAGCCUCCUGGCACACGAAAGGCCUGUUCUUCAUUGCGUCUUGUCACAUGCAAGUGUAGCAUUUGUGGCGAUACCACAUGCCAUUGUGUGAUUCCUAGCAAUUCAACUCGAGUGCAAUCAGAUAUAUCAUCCGAAGGAUAUGAAGGAAGGGACCUAAUUGCAAGUGGCGCCGAUUCUCUGAGACAAGACUGCCUGACUAAAUGUACAUCUCCUAUGGAGAAGAAAUCAGAUCCUGAUUCUGAUGGUGAGAAGAAUUUAAAACUUGGGAAGUUAUCUUCUACCUUUCUCUUUCAUGCUGAUUUGGUGUAUUUCAUGUUGAUAUUAUGCGAAGGGACUGCAAGUUCUUUGGACAGCGAACAUGUUUGUCCAAGUUCUCAGGGUGUAACUACUACUGACGCCACUUCAGGGGAAGUAUGGAGCACUCCUAUUUUGCCUCUACAGCUGUCUCCUAAAAAGGCUCUUCGUGCUGCUAUGCUUAAAAGUCGCUUUGCAGAUACCAUUUUGAAAGCACAACAAAAGACCCUUCUUCAGCAAGGUGAUAAAGGUAAUCAUCAAAAAAUGAAGCUGGAAAAGGAGAGAUUGGAAAGGAUUCAGCGUGAAGAAAGAGCUAGGAUCGAAGCUCAAAUUAAAACUGCUGAAGCUGCCGCAAGAAUGAAGGCUGAGGAAGAGUUGAGGCAACGCAUAGAAAAGGAAAGAGAGGCUGCACGAGCUGCAAUAGAAAAGAUGAAAAGAACUGUUGAUAUUGAACAUAAUAUGGAGAUUAUUAGAGAACUUGAAAGGUUGAGUGGAUGCACGCUGUCUUAUAAGGCUGUGGGAGGAAGAAAUGGCUACAAAGUUGCGUUGGAUACAUUGGAUAAACCCAAAUUUGAGAGCCCAUUGGAGCGGCUUGGUUUAUUUAUCAAGGAAGAGUAUACCGCAGAUGAAGAUGAGGAGUUAUUGAACGGAGGCUGGGAAGAAGGGGAAAUUUUUAACUGAUACACCUUCAUGUAUUUCGGCCACCUCUAGGUGUUUAUAUACGUCCCUUUAGAAAGGGUAACAGAAUCAUUAUAAGUGCACAUACUGUUGGAUUAUAUCUGCUUUUAUGUCCACUUUGGGAAUUAGGUAACUACACGCUUGCAAUUUUGUUUGACAAUCUUGAUGCGUUCCUAUAUAGUAUUAGACGUGGUGUCUUUGAUGUAAAUAGGUCAAGAUAAAGAUGGCCACAAAAAAGGGAAUUUUUUUAAUUAUUUGCAAAAAAUAUUUUUAUACGCCUCGUUUUAGUGUCACUUGAAUAAGUUGAUGCGACUGCUUCUGGUAUUGUGAA